AUGAACACCAGUGCUGAUAAAAUAUUUGUCAACAAUUUGAGUUUCAAUGCAAAUAUCGAGAACGAUUCAUGGAAUAAAAAAGCGAAUUUACCUUUCAAACUAUCUUUGCAAAUUUCUACAAACAUCAACGAAAGUGGUAAAAAUGACGACUUAUCCAAAUCAAUUGAUUAUGCUAUUAUCUCAAAUAACAUUUUGAACUACUUUAAUCAGAAUUCAGAAUCUUCUUUUAUUGAUGAAUUCGACCUAUUAAGUAAACUUUCUUCUAAUGUAAUUCAUCAGAAAAAUUCAAAUCUAAACUCAAAUUCUUGCUCGUCCAUCGAGUUCAAAUUGACUUCUUUUCAUUCAUUAAUAAGACCACAUAAUUUGCAAAUAGUCUUGAAUAAACCGAUGGUUCCAACUACUUCUCUGCUCAAUAACAAUACUGUAAUUAUUAAUGGUCUAAAACUAUUAACUUUAAUUGGUUAUUAUGACUUUGAAAGAAUUCAAAAACAAUACGUAUCUUUAGAUUUUUCACUUGACUUGAACCAGUUCUUAUUUCAAAGAAACUUAUCUCAAAAAUCAUCAAAAGAAUACUCUUUGUCAAUAAUAUUAAACAAAAUUAUCAACUAUGUUGAAAAUGAUUCAUUUUUCAUCACAAUUGAAGCUCUAAUUUACUCAAUCUCUCUGAUUUUACUAAACACUUUUAAUUUAGAUUGUAAAAUUAACCUAUCAAAAUUAAACGCUAUAUGUCACUCAGACUCAGUUGGCAUUGAAAUCAAAAGAUCCUUGCCCUCAAAUAGUAUAAAAAAUUUCAAUACGAUCCAAAAUGCUCAACAUACUACACCUUCUAAUAUCAUUGCUACAAAUAUCAAUAACCUGAAAAUUAAUGAUACCAAUAAAACCAACAAUUUCCUCGAUCAUACUGUCUACAUAUCAUUUGGCUCAAAUCAAGGCAACCAAGUGCAAAAUAUAUUAAUUGCAUUACAACACUUGCAAUCACAAGCUCAAAUCAUCAGUUUGUCAAGUUUAUACAAAACAAAUCCCAUGUAUUACCUUGAUCAACCAUCUUUCAUCAAUGGUGCUGUGAAGAUAAAAACAAAAUUAUCACCAUUACAUUUGCUACAUUUUCUCAAGAAAAUUGAGUACGAUAUCUUACAAAGGGUCAAAUAUUUUGACAACGGUCCAAGAUCAAUCGAUUUGGAUAUCUUAUUGUAUGAUGAAUUAGUUUUUGAUAAUCACAAUGAGAUUACUCAUGAAAAUAAAAGCCUUGAUCAUUUAAUUCUUCCUCAUCCAAGAAUGCUUGAAAGAUUAUUUGUUCUAAAACCAUUACUGGAAAUUGCUGAUCCUACUUUUCUUCAUCCCGUUACCAAAAAAUCUAUUCAUUCUCACUUAAAUACUUUACGUUCUUCAACCUUAAAUAAACAGUUUUCUGAAAAUGAGGAUUUAAUUAAUAUCAUACCCUUUCCAAGAUAUGACCAUAAAAAAUUCUUAUCUUUCAACUUCAACACAAAUGAAAACAAAACGUUGAUAAUGGGCAUCAUCAAUACCACUCCUGAUUCAUUCUCCGAUGCUGGCUUGAAUUUACAGUUAGAAAAAUCAUUCAAAAACGUUGAAAAUAUGGUCUAUAGUGGAGUAGACAUUAUUGAUAUUGGCGGCUGCUCAACUAGACCAGGCUCAAAAUUUGUUGCUCCUGAUGAAGAGUUAAACAGAGUGUUACCUCUAAUUGAAGCAAUUAGAUUAUCUAAAGAUGAAAAAGUCAGAAAUGUUUUGAUAAGCAUUGACACCUUUCGCGCUGAAGUUGCCUUGAAAUCAGUUCAAGCUGGUGCUGAUAUAAUUAAUGAUAUCUCUAUGGGUCAAUUUGAUGAUCAGAUGUUUAAUGUUGUCAAAGAAACCGGUGUACCUUAUAUAAUAGGACACACGAAAGGCAAGCCAGAUGAGAUGAGCAAGUUGGAUACAUACACAAAAAAUAGUGAUCCCAUGAUUAUUGAACAUCCAUCCUCAGAACACCAGUCCAAUCUCAUCGAAGAAGAAAAAAUUUUAAGUGAUGCAAUUUGUAAAGAAUUAUCUUUGGCACUUCUUAAGGCAUAUAAAGUUGGUGUUAAAAAAUGGCAAAUUAUUUUAGACCCCGGAAUUGGUUUUGCUAAAAAUCUUAAACAGAACUUGUCCAUCAUGAGAGCAAUUCCAUCAAUCAAAAAUUAUUCCUUGACACUAAAAAACAAGGAAAACUUGGAUGGAAACGAAUUCAUUUCUUUCAAGAAUUUGCCAAUACUAUUAGGAACAAGCCGAAAAAGAUUCAUUGGAACUAUAACCAACGAGGAUAUAUCAAAUGGACGACUUUUAGGAACUGCUGCCACUGUUAUGGCAUGCAUUGGGUUUCAAAGUGAUAUCAUCAGAGUUCAUGAUGUGGAAUCAAUAAAGACAAUUUGUUUAAUGGGUGAUGCGAUUUACAAAAAUAUCCUUUAA